UGGAAGCGGCAUGAACAACUAGGGUGCCAUAUUUUUGCAUUUACGUGUAGAAACUCGAGAAACAUGCGUGAUACGCGUGAGAGCUAGGGGCCCAAGGAUGCAAAUGGCAAGAUUCGGCCGUGUGACAGCGGGUGGUGUUACCCGGUCCUGGGUCGAUGUAUGUAUGGACAAGUACUUGUACCACCUGUGCGAGCUGACGAGCCUCCAUGGUAUCUCACCACGUUUGGCGGAGCUGCUCGAUGCUUUCUGCUGGUGGUUAGGAGACGAAGCUGCUGUUGUGUACGUAACACAAAGAAGCGAACCUUGUAUGCAUCAAUUGAGUCGUGUCGUGUACCUGGGAGUAGUACGAGUACAGACACCCAGGCAAGGUACCCCCUCCGGUGGCUUCGAUUACAAACUCAUCCACCAUUUACGUGUAUUUUUUUCUCUUCUCUUUUCCAAUCACCAUCCAAACUGAAUCUCAUCCUCGUACUGUAUACUGUAUUAUCCUGCAUGUGCUGUACGCUUCUGCUUCUGGACUUUUGCAUCGUCCUCCCCUCCUCGACAACCCACAAAAUACAUCCUGAUCUAAUCCAAUCCCCAACAUCCAACGCCGCUUUCCCCAGCUCCGAUCCCUGGACCUGGAGAUACAGACAAACCAACCUCGGAGGGGUGGUGGGGGAACAGAAACAGCCUUUUGGGCUUGGACCUUCUUGGGGGUCAGGGGUGUCGGUGUCUAUGGUACAUUGACAUGUACAAAGUGCCGGAUGGGGCAGUACUCGGAGCGGUACCUUGGGCCAUGUACAUGCAAGCACAGACACAGACUACAAGGUACACACAACUACACACAACUGCAGCAUCUCCUCAUCCCGCAUGCGACUUACACGCGCUUCCUGGCUUGUACAUGUGCCUCUGCGCAUCCCGGAAGCGUCAGUACCAGCUACUCGUCCCGCGAGAGCCACUCAUGGGCGUGUCGUGUACUCGAUACCCCGGAUCCUGGCGAUCCUGGAGCCCCGGCCGUGGCUUGCCCCGAGCAACUCUCCUGCCUUGCUGCUUGCCCAUGGAGAAUCCCAG